AGAACUUUGUAAAACCUGAGAUAAUCCAGAAAGUUUUUCGCCAGAAUGCCGUUCAGCGAUACUUUGAAGCUACAAAAUGGCAAGGAAAUGCCAAUCCUUGGUAUUGGAACUUGGCAGGGUAAAGCCGAGGAACUGGAACGUGCUUUGGAUGCCGCCCUGGAAGUCGGCUAUCGUCACAUCGACACUGCAUUCAAUUAUCAGAACGAAGACGUCAUCGGAAAGCUGCUGAAUAAAUGGAUCAGCUCAGGGAAAAUAAAGCGAGAGGAACUCUUCAUCGUGACGAAGUUGCCGAUGAUUGGAAUGACGAGAGAAGGCCCGAAAAAAUUCCUCGAAAAAUCACUGAAAGCUCUUCAACUUGACUACGUUGAUCUGUACUUGGUUCAUGCACCGAUCGGUUUCAAUUACCACGGUGACGAUAAAUUGAAAUUUUGCGAAUCGAAGGGAAUCACAGUCGUCGCAUAUGCCCCACUUGGAUCCCCUGGAAGGGCACAGUUUUUCAAGCAAAUGGGCCGCGCAGCUCCUAAAAUACCGCCAUUGCUGGAUAACGAAGUCGUGAAGAAGAUCGCUCGUAAACACCGUGUUACACCUGGUCAAGUUCUGCUGCGUCAUUUGGCGCAAGAAAACGUCGCAGUCAUUCCCAAGUCGACUAAUUCGACGCGACUUCAACUCAAUUAUCAGAUCUUCAACUUCUGUCUCACACCGGAUGAAAUUCAUGCUUUGGACGAGCUCGACGUUGGACCAGACGGUCGUUCUUUCAAUUUCGCAGACUUCCCGGGGUACGUUCUCAUUGACUGA